GUUGUUAGGUGUACAGGUGUCAUGGCGGAAGUACAUGAGUGGUAUAAGAUAUGAAAAUGUAUAUCGUGAUAGUGAACUCUGUUUAUGAACUGGUUUCUGUCGAAGACUGUAAUCAUGUAUAACUCUCCUUAUCAGAAACAGGGCUUUAUUUCUUUUACUGUGGCGAGUGAUGGAGAAUAUAACAAUGGAAAAGGGAAAAGAAGCCAGUCAUGUCGGCGGAUGUGGAAUCAACUUUCCCGCUUGCAGAGGAGCAUUAUUUUUAUUAUUCUCUUUCUGGGACUAGUCUGUGCUGUGUAUAUUUUUCCUGGACUCUAUUCCAACUACAUGAACUCCAAUGAUGAGACAACAUUUUUCUCUCGUAAUAAAAUUUCAGCCAAGGAUGGAGGAGAAGGUGUGAUUGAUGCCCCACCAAAUAUGCAGGAUUUGAGGGAUAGAGCCGCACAACAAGUUCAAGAAAUCAUGGAUAGAAGAAAACCAGUUAAGAAAGGUCCCCCUCGAAUCAAAGGGAAUAUUCAUGAUAUUGAACAACAAUUGCCUGUACCUAAUGAUGGCAUUAAUGAAGAGGUAAAUAUCACAAGAUAUAAUCAUACUUCCACUACUAUUAGUUGCCACUUGGCGCAUUGA